AAUUGCACAACAAAACCAAAUAAAAAGGAAGCCUGCCAACUUGCAGCACAUAUUUGAAGUAUCCGCAUUCAAGUACGACAAUUUAUCAGAGACACUGUGAAAACAUGAAGACUGUGAUUCUCACCCUUUUGGUUGUGUUGGUUGUUAGCAACAGUGAAGCCUUGAGGUGUUACUGUGGAGGCCUGCGUCAUUGUUCAGGCUCUGUGGAGACCUGCAGUGGUUCAAACCAGGUCUGUGCCGGCGUCAUCAUACAAGCUGGAUCCAUUGUCAACUACUUCAAGGGUUGCUAUAAAUCAGAUGACUGUGAACGUCUGAAUAAUCCACCCACAACAACUUCCCGUUGUUGCAGGACUGAUCUGUGCAACAGAUAAAUGAAUGUCAGGCUACACAUCUUCCAAUGAAUGAAUAAUCUACUGUAAUGUAAUGUGUACUGCAUUGUCAUAAUAAAGUUUAAUCCAUUCUAA